AUGGGUACUCGCCACACCUCGGUCGACCAAGAAGCUCUCCAGCAUGUAAUAGCGUAUGGAAAAGACGAGGGGGCCCUUGAAAAUGUGUUGCUUGGGGAGAGGAAAAGGAACAAACAAGGUAAAUUGGCGAGUGCCAUGAUUAGUACUCCGGGUUAUGGAAAUACUGUUUAUGCUUUCUCUGCUAUAAUUAGUGCAUAUGGUAGAAGUGGUUAUUGUAAUGAGGCUAUUAAGGUCUUUGAUUCGAUGAAAGAUUAUGGCUUGAAGCCCAAUUUGGUUUCUUAUAAUGCUGUUAUUGAUGCCUAUGAGAAAGGGGGUGUAGAGUUUAAGCUAGUAGUGGAGAUUUUUUAUGAGUCGUUAGAAAUGGAGUGCGACCGGAUCGAAUUACGUUUAAUUCCCUUAUUCGUCGUGUGUAGUAGAGGAGGGUUGUUGGCGGCAAGCCAAUGCCUUUCGUUAGCUAUCCCGGAAUUUCUAUGUGGUAAUUCAUGCCCCUCGUUGUUGUUGAUACCUUUCGGGAUCAUGUUCUACGGCCUCCAAUUGCUUAAGUUAUUCGGGUAG